AUGUACUAUGCUGAUCGAAGUAUUCGACCAAAAGAUCUUUUUGAAGGUGACAUCACAUUAACAGAUAUCAAUAAUUUUCAACAUUCAUAUACUCCAACAUCAUGUUUAAUGAUUAGUCGAUAUAGUGAUACAAUUAUUAUCGUUAAAAAAGAAUCCAACAAAUUAUUACAGUAUACGGGUGAUGCAUAUUCAGUUGCUGCUGAUUUAUCAUACACAAAAUUAAAUGAUAUUCUAGAUACCAGUAGCACAAUUUUAAUUUUUUAUCGUCAGAAUCUCAAUAAGACUGCUCAAGGGAAGAUGAAGAUCGUCUCUCGUACCGAUGUUGAUGGUGCAACACAUUUACUUAUUCAAGACGGUGAUAGAUUCUUUUCGAUUAAACCGAUGACAAAAGCAGUGCCAGAUAAAACAAGUACCUGA